CUCCGUUCGAGUACGCCGUACUUUUGACAAUCAUUGCCAACUGUGUCGUCCUAGCACUGGAAGAACAUCUGCCUUGCGCCGAUAAAACCAUGUUAGCACAAAAAUUGGAAAAGACGGAAGUCUACUUCCUGGGAAUCUUCUGUGUUGAGGCUUCCCUAAAAAUUCUAGCUCUAGGGUUCGUUUUACAUCGGGGCUCGUACCUUAGAAAUAUUUGGAACAUCAUGGAUUUCUUUGUGGUGCUAACAGGGUUUCUCACCCUGUUCCCACAAGAUUUCAUAGCCGUCGACCUCCGCACCUUGCGAGCUAUCAGAGUACUUAGACCUUUGAAGCUAGUCUCUGGCAUCCCUAGUUUGCAAGUUGUAUUGAAGUCCAUCAUCAAGGCGAUGGCCCCAUUGCUCCAAAUAGGAUUAUUAGUUUUAUUCGCCAUUGUGAUAUUCGCUAUUAUUGGUCUAGAAUUUUAUUCGGGAGCCUUACACAGAACCUGUUAUAGUUUAUACGACAUAGAGGAGAUUGUUAAAGAAAACGAAGAAGAAGUGCCCUGUAAUACUGAUAAUGAAACAGAAGCAAAAUCUCAGGGCAGCAAUUGGUGUAGGGAUGGGAAUAGUGUGUGUUUGGAACGAUGGCAAGGUCCAAAUAAUGGAAUUACUUCGUUUGAUAAUAUUGGAUUUGCCAUGUUAACAGUUUUCCAGUGUAUUACGAUGGAAGGGUGGACAGCCAUCUUGUAUUGGAUGAAUGAUGCUGUUGGCAGCUACUACAACUGGAUGUACUUCGUGCCUCUAAUAGUUCUCGGUUCUUUUUUUAUGUUAAAUUUAGUUCUUGGUGUCCUCAGCGGUGAAUUCGCUAAGGAAAGAGAAAAAGUAGAAAAUAGACAAGAAUUUUUAAAGCUUAGAAGAGCUGCCCAGCUAGAAAGAGAACUUAACGGUUAUGUGCAGUGGAUAUGUAAAGCUGAGGAAGUAAUUCUGGCGGAGGAACGAACAACAGAAGAAGAAAAAAUGCACAUAAUGGAAGCGAGAAGAAGGGCAGCGAAGAAGAAAAAAUUAAAGAAAAUUGGUAAAAGUAAAAGCACCGAUACGGAGGAGGAGCAGGAAGAAGAAGAUGUGGCCGAUGAUGAAUCUAACAAAAAGCUAAAAGGUUUUGGCCGUCCCGGCUACAUGAAAUCCAGAACGAAAGGUCAAGGAACGUGUGCCAACUUUUGGAGGGCCGAAAAACGGUUUCGGUUCGGCAUACGUCACAUGGUCAAAACCCAAUGGUUCUAUUGGACCGUCAUUAUGCUCGUAUUUUUCAACACUUUUUGUGUGGCAGUCGAGUACCACGGACAACCAGAGUGGUUGGACAAAUUUUUAUAUUAUGCCGAAUACGUCUUCUUAGGGUUGUUUAUGUCGGAGAUGUUUAUCAAAAUGUAUGCACUAGGACCAAGAAUAUAUUUUGAGUCAGCAUUCAAUAGAUUCGACUGCGUGGUAAUCUCAGGCUCCAUUUUUGAAGUGAUAUGGAGCGCAGUUAAAGGUGGCUCUUUUGGUUUGUCGGUACUCAGAGCAUUAAGAUUGCUUAGAAUUUUCAAAGUAACAAAAUAUUGGUCUUCACUACGUAAUUUGGUAAUAUCGCUGCUCAACUCUAUGAGAUCUAUUAUUUCUUUGUUGUUCCUUCUCUUCUUGUUCAUCCUUAUUUUCGCCUUGCUCGGAAUGCAAUUGUUUGGAGGACAAUUUAACUUUGAUGGGGGCACUCCUGCUGCCAAUUUCAAUACUUUCCCCAUUGCUUUGUUAACUGUCUUUCAGAUUCUCACCGGUGAAGAUUGGAAUGAAGUGAUGUACAAUGGUAUUAACGCGCUUGGCGGUCCGAAUAGUGGAGGAAUGGUUUAUUCACUAUACUUUAUUAUUCUUAUGUUGUUUGGUAAUUAUACUCUUCUGAAUGUCUUCUUGGCUAUCGCCGUUGAUAAUUUAGCGAAUGCACAGGAACUAACUGCUGCUGAAGAAGAACAAGCUGAAGAAAACAAAGAGAAACAAGCGUUAGAAUUAGAAAAAGAAAUGGAAGCUCUGCAAAUGGAAGGUAGUAAUCCGAGAGUAGAAGUCUGUCCACCUAGUCCAACCACAAGCAGAAGAAAAAAGAAAGAAGAGAAACCCGAGGAAGAGGAAGAAAUUGUCGGGCCAAAACCAAUGCUGCCAUAUUCUAGCAUGUUUAUAUUAUCUUCUACAAAUCCGCUUCGUCGAGGUGCUCAUUGGGUAGUCAACCUCCGUUACUUUGAUUUUUUUAUAAUGAUUGUCAUCUGUAUGAGUUCAGCGGCCCUUGCGGCCGAAGAUCCAGUAGAUGAAAAAUCGUUCCGCAACAACAUUUUAGAUAAAUUCGAUUACGCCUUUACUGGAGUAUUCGCCGUAGAAAUGUUUCUCAAAAUUAUCGACUUGGGAGUCAUUUUACAUCCGGGAUCCUAUUUGAGAGAAUUCUGGAAUAUUAUGGAUGCCGUUGUAGUUGUUUGUGCCUUGGUAUCCAUGGGAUUCGAUGUUUGGGGCGGAGGUGGAGCGGCAGGUGCCAACCUUUCAACAAUGAAGUCGCUCCGAGUACUCCGAGUCCUUCGACCGUUAAAAACAAUUAAACGAGUGCCCAAAUUGAAGGCGGUCUUCGACUGUUUAGUGAACUCUCUAAAAAAUGUGAUAAACAUUCUUAUAGUGUAUAUAUUGUUCCAAUUUAUAUUCGCUGUCAUUGCUGUGCAGUUGUUCAAUGGAAAAUUUUUUCAUUGUACCGACGGAAGUAAGAUUACGGAAGCAACUUGCCAAGGCCAAUAUUUUGUGUAUGAAGAAGACAGUGACGUCCCUAGAGUCGAAGAACGAAAAUGGCAACAGCAAAAAUUUCACUACGAUGAUGUUGCUAUGGCCAUGCUGACCCUAUUUGCAGUACAAACAGGCGAAGGAUGGCCAACAGUCCUACAAAAUUCGAUGGCAGCCACUUACAGCGACCAAGGCCCCAUCCAAAAUUUUAGAAUAGAAAUGUCCAUUUUCUACAUCGUUUACUUCGUAGUGUUCCCGUUCUUCUUCGUUAACAUUUUCGUCGCCUUGAUCAUCAUAACUUUUCAGGAACAAGGCGAAGCCGAACUGCAAAGUGGAGAAAUUGAUAAAAAUCAGAAAUCUUGUAUAGACUUUUGUAUACAAGCCAGACCAUUGGAAAGGUACAUGCCAAGCAAACGAAGUAGUUUAAAAUACAAAAUAUGGAGGAUCGUAGUGUCGACACCGUUUGAAUAUUUCAUAAUGAUGCUUAUUGUUUUUAAUACUUUAUUGCUUAUGAUGAAGUUUAACAAUCAGAGUGACACAUACACCUAUAGCCUAAAAUAUUUGAACUGGGGAUUCACUGGAAUGUUCACGGUAGAAUGCUUUUUGAAGAUACUUGCGUUCGGAGUAAGGAACUUCUUCAAAGACCCUUGGAACACCUUCGAUUUCGUCACUGUUAUUGGCAGCAUAGUAGACGCAAUGGUCGUCGAAUUUGGCGAACGAGCUGAGCGAAUGACAAAAGACAGGGACAACUUCAUCAACGUCGGUUUUCUAAGACUUUUUCGUGCUGCCAGAUUGAUAAAACUAUUGAGGCAAGGCUACACCAUCCGAAUAUUGCUUUGGACCUUUGUUCAGAGUUUUAAGGCUCUUCCAUACGUUUGUCUUCUGAUCGCCAUGUUGUUCUUUAUUUAUGCCAUUAUUGGGAUGCAGGUUUUUGGCAACAUAAAUCUCCCAAGCGAAUCAAUAAAUAGGCAUAACAAUUUUAGAAAUUUUAUCCAGGGUCUCAUGCUAUUAUUUAGGUGUGCUACUGGUGAAAAUUGGCCAAGCAUAAUGCUGUCCUGCAUAAAAGGGCAAGAAUGCGAUCCCAAUACUGGCAAACAAGGCAAAGAAUGCGGCUCAAACUUGGCUUACAUGUAUUUUGUAUCAUUUAUUUUCUUUUGUUCAUUUCUUAUGUUGAAUUUGUUCGUGGCUGUCAUCAUGGACAAUUUCGAUUAUCUAACCAGAGAUUCCUCGAUAUUGGGUGCACAUCAUUUAGACGAAUUUGUUAGAAUAUGGGCUGAAUAUGAUCCGAAUGCCACAGGAAAAAUCCAUUUUACCGAAAUGUACGACAUGCUCAAGAACAUGGAUCCACCUUUGGGGUUUGGCAACAAAUGCCCAAAUAGACUGGCUUAUAAGAAAUUAAUUCGCAUGAAUAUGCCUGUAGACGACGAUGGAAAGGUCUAUUUUACUACUACUUUAUUUGCAUUGAUUCGGGAAAAUUUGGCUAUUAAAAUGAGAGCAGCUGAAGAAAUGGACCAGGCCGAUGCCGAACUACGCGAGACAAUCAAAAACAUAUGGCCGUUGCAAGCUAAAAAUAUGGUUCACAUUCUGGUACCACCAAGUACCGAUUUGAACCAAGGCAAACUUACAGUCGGUAAAAUUUAUGGUGGCCUUCUCAUAUUGGAAAGUUGGAGAAGUACCCGGUUCGGACAGAUCGAACCAAGCGGACUACCGUUAACUAUUGAACUGUCAAAUUUUCAAAAACAGAAAGCAUCAUUUUUCGAUUGUCUGAUGGAUACGAUGGCUGGACACCUGGGAGGUUCCAGGACAGGUUCGCUGAGUCUUGAGGGUGCACCCCUAAUGGGGGGACAAGAACACUCCGAUCAGCAGCAGCACGAGGAAAAUGCACUCAUUUCGUUGGCCAGACGAAAUACGAAACGGAAUAGAUCCUUACGGAGCAAAAAGAUUCAUCAGAAAACUGAUGUUAUAGUCUUAGAACAAGUCAUAGAAGGUUCGUGGUCAGCCUCUACUAGUCCUGCCAGGUCGCCUUCGCCGACAAACGGGUACCGACACAAUCCCCGCUAUGGACCAAUUAGAUCGUCUAGAAGAUGUGGCGCCUAUGGUACCACCAGUUUGUGUCAGAGAUCGCGAUCGCCUAGUCCGUCGCAUCCUACGUCGCGACCGACUACUGCGACGACGCAUCCGACGACGCAUUCGCACCAUCAGGGUCCACCGUUUAUUGCCGGUGCUGUGGUAGGUAUACCGAUGCAGCACAGUGCCGCCCAUCAAGGCUCGGUGCAGCACAGCCACCCAGUGUUAGGAGGUCGAAGAGGUCAAGGUCGAAGGCUGCCGCCCACCCCUUGUAAACCGUCCACGUUGCAACUGAAGCCGGGGACAAUAAAUUUUCCAAAACUGAACGCUAGUCCAACACAUAUACAAUCCCAUUCGGCUCACGCUACACCUCACUCGUCGUACCCGCACAGUUUCCCGAGGGAUAGGGAGCCCCUCAGGGAAUUUGUUGUGCCACCUUCUCUAACGGCUGCGCCCUUAACGGCGAUUACAGCUAACCCGCACAAUCGCAGUAUGAUGGGGGAUAAUCCACAAGCGCCGCUCAGCUUUGAACAAGCUGUGCAGUUGGGGAGAGGCAAAGAAUAUUUAGGUCAAUAUGCCACUUCUGAGAUGUUUUAUAAUUUUGCGAUUGUGACUGUUACAGUUAUCGAUGAUUUGUAA